AUGGUAUUUGGAAGCCCAUAUUCCGAUACUUACCCGAAAGGGGUCUGGGAUAGCCUUAAGAAAAGCCGCCGUGGUAAAGAUAUAUUCGCCCCGGUACUCUCAGUUAUAAACGCAUCAAAGAUAUACAACCAUGUACUCAAAUAUAACAAGGGCUAUUGGCUAUUCAGCAUCGCAGGAGGAUGCCUAAGCUGCUAUGCGCUUGGCAGCGCCUGCGACUACGUCUGGAGAAGAGUCAACAAAGGAAGGCUCUAUGUGGACCUGCCAUACAAGGCUCCAGAGGAAUAA